GCUUGAAACACGAUCUGAUACGCUGAACCUAAUCGGAAUGACCACCAGGCUCUCUAAUCGAUAACAGAAUCAAUGACACAACGUAAUGUUCAGAGAUUCUUCACGCGUGUAUCUGUGUGCCAGGCAUUUUAACAGUAUAAUAUAUAGUUAUUGUUGAGAAUUGCCUUUUUUUUUAAAAAUAAUUGAUAAUCAAACGUUUGAAUGACAAUCUGCUCUGUGUUCGACUAGUUUAGCCUAUUUAAUGAUGGCGCUGUAAAAGCCAAGGUUUAUUUUCCAUGGGUGCAAAGUAUGUUUAAGUGCAUUAACCGAACAGCCCACUACACGAGAUAUCUACAGUCAGCAGGAAACGGUUUCUCUUUUAACCAAAACUUUAGGCUUGUGUCAUCCUUGCCUCUCAGAAUGACCGACCCAGCAGUGCAGAGGGUUGUCAGCGAGAUCAUUCGCUCCCCUGAGGACAAACGGGUGUACAGGGGCCUUGAGUUUACCAAUGGCUUGAAGGCCAUUCUCAUCAGUGACCCGACAACAGAUAAAUCAUCUGCUGCCUUAGAUGUCCAAAUAGGUUCAUUAUCGGACCCAGAAAACAUCUCUGGCCUGGCACACUUUUGUGAACACAUGCUGUUCCUUGGAACAAAGAAGUAUCCCAAGGAGAACGAGUACAGCCAGUUUCUCAGCGAGCACGCAGGCAGCUCCAAUGCUUUUACCAGUGGAGAGCAUACAAACUAUUACUUUGACGUGUCCCAUGAGCACUUGCAAGGAGCACUAGAUAGGUUUGCCCAGUUUUUCCUGUGCCCAUUGUUUGAUGAGAGCUGUAAAGACCGGGAGGUGAACGCUGUGGAUUCUGAACACGAGAAGAACCUGAUGAAUGACGCCUGGAGGCUUUUCCAGCUGGAGAAGGCAACCGGCAAUCCUAACCACCCUUUUAGCAAAUUUGGAACAGGUAACAAAUUGACCCUUGAGACCCGACCUUCCAAGGAUGGCAUUGACAUCCGUCAGGAGCUUCUGAAGUUUCACCAAACAUACUACUCAUCCAACCUGAUGGGACUGUGUGUGUUAGGAAGAGAAUCAUUAGACGAGCUGGCCUCUAUGGUGGUAAAGCUGUUUGCAGAAGUGGAGAACAAGAACGUGCCUAUCCCAGAAUUCCCUGAGCACCCCUUCCAGGAAGAACACCUCAGACAAUUCUACAAAGUGGUGCCCAUUAAAGACAUCAGGAACUUGUACGUGACUUUCCCAAUCCCGGAUCUUCAGAAGUACUACAAAUCUAACCCGGGACAUUAUCUGGGACAUCUGAUCGGCCACGAAGGGCCAGGAAGUUUGUUGUCAGAGCUCAAAUCUAAAGGCUGGGUGAACACACUUGUAGGAGGACAAAAAGAAGGAGCCAGAGGAUUCAUGUUCUUCAUCAUCAAUGUGGAUCUGACUGAGGAAGGCCUGUUGCACGUAGAAGACAUCAUCUUCCACAUGUUCCAGUAUAUCCAGAAGCUGCGCACUGAGGGACCUCAGGAGUGGGUGUUUGAAGAGUGCAAGGAUUUAAACAAAGUGGCCUUUAGGUUCAAGGACAAGGAACGGCCCCGUGGCUACACAUCCAAAGUGGCUGGUUUACUACACUACUACCCACUGGAAGAGAUUCUAGCUGCAGAGUACCUUUUGGAAGACUUCAGGCCAGAUCUGAUCGAGAUGGUGCUGGACAAGCUGAGGCCAGAACAAGUCAGGGUUGCUGUGGUGUCAAGGUCAUUUGAAGGGCAAACGGACAAGAAAGAGGAGUGGUACGGCACGGAGUACAAACAGGAGGCCAUCACUGAAGAGACCAUCCAGAAAUGGGCGAGUGCAGACCUCAACGGGAAGUUCAAGUUACCCAUGAAAAAUGAGUUCAUCCCCACUAGCUUUGAGAUCUACCCUCUUGAGAAUGAUGCUCCAUCAGUCCCUACUUUGAUCAAGGACACUGCAAUGAGCAAGGUGUGGUUCAAACAGGAUGACAAGUUUUUCCUGCCCAAGGCAUGUCUGAACUUUGAGUUCUUCAGCCCAUUUGCUUAUGUGGACCCAUUGCAUUGUAACAUGGCAUAUUUAUACCUGGAGCUCCUCAAGGACUCCCUCAACGAGUAUGCAUAUGCAGCCGAGCUAGCUGGCUUGAACUAUGACCUCCAAAAUACCGUCUAUGGGAUGUAUCUGUCUGUUAAAGGUUACAAUGACAAACAGGACAUCCUGCUGAAGAAGAUCAUCGAGAAGAUGGCCACCUUUGAGAUCGAUGAGAAGCGCUUUGACAUCAUCAAAGAGGCGUACAUGAGGUCUUUGAAUAACUUUAGAGCCGAGCAGCCCCACCAGCACGCCAUGUACUACCUCCGUCUACUGAUGACAGAGGUUGCUUGGACCAAAGACGAGCUAAGAGAAGCUCUGGAUGAUGUAACUCUCCCACGCCUCAAAGCCUUCAUACCUCAGCUGUUGUCAAGGUUACAUAUUGAAGCCCUUCUCCAUGGCAACAUCACCAAAGAGUCUGCUCUUGGUAUGAUGCAAAUGGUGGAGGAUACACUCAUUGAGCACGCUCACACAAAGCCCCUCCUGCCCAGCCAACUGAUUCGCUACAGGGAGGUGCAGAUUCCAGACGGUGGAUGGUAUGUUUACCAGCAGAGAAACGAGGUGCACAACAUCUGCGGCAUUGAGAUCUACUAUCAGACGGACAUGCAGAACACUCACGACAACAUGCUGCUGGAGCUGUUCUGUCAGAUCGUCUCUGAGCCCUGCUUCAACACACUGAGGACCAAAGAACAGCUGGGCUACAUUGUGUUCAGCGGGCCUCGUCGGGCGAACGGCGUGCAGGGCCUGCGUUUCAUCAUCCAGUCGGAGAAGGCGCCGCACUAUCUGGAGAGCCGCGUGGAAGCUUUCCUCUGCACCAUGGAGAAGUAUGUGGAGGAGAUGAGCGAUGAAGCCUUCCAGAAACACAUCCAGGCUCUGGCCAUCCGCCGCCUGGACAAGCCCAAGAAGCUGUCUGCUGAGUGUGCUAAGUACUGGGGAGAGAUCAUCUCUCAGCAGUAUAACUUUGACAGAGAUAACAUUGAAGUGGCCUACCUGAAGACUCUGGUGAAGGAAAACAUAAAUCACUUCUACAGGGAUCGUCUGACAGUCGAAGCCCCCAAGAGACACAAGGUGUCUGUGCACGUUCUGUCCAGAGAGAUGGACUCCUGUCCGAUAGUGGGAGAGUUCCCCGCUCAGAAUGACGUCAACUUGGCCCCCGCUCCCUCCCUGCCACAGCCAUCCUUGGUUCAGGACAUGACCGAGUUCAAGAGGAGCCUGCCUCUCUUCCCGCUGGUCCGGCCUCACAUCAACUUCAUGGCUGCCAAACUGUGAGCGAGGCCGCUGGCUCGACUCGCCGCUGACGAGAGGAGGGAAGAGCGACAUCAAGGGAACCUGACGUGCUUCCUCACCUACACCCAAGUCCUUCUUCUCCUCCCGUCAGGAAGACUUUCAUCUGACUGAGCCUGCAUGAGCGUGUGUGUGUGUUUGUGUGUGAGUGUGUGUGUUUGAGAGGGUGCGUGUGUGCACGUGUGGCAGGCUGCAGCCACUAGACAAGAAGCUUGGAAACAGACGUGUGUGUGUGUGUUUGAAUCACAGAGUUAGCCGUGGUCAUCUGUGUGGCUGUGAUGAUGAUGAUGAUGAUGAUGAUGAUGAUGAUGAUGAUGAUGAUGAUGAUAGAGUCACAGCAGAUUCACCCCAUGUUAAAGGAGAAACACUCACUCAUCACAGCAGCAGGUAGGCGGGCGUAGACGAUGUAGAAACAACCAGGGACACGUCCCUUUAAGUACAGCAGAGCAUUUGAUUUGACUUAUUCUGAGACGUGCUGGUUUCUCGUGGCGAGCUGUAGAGGUCACACACUCAGUAGCUCCAUGAAGGUCUUUGUGUCCUUUUUGUGUUACAUGUUGAACAUUCAAGUCCAAAAAAAAAUCACACACACAUAUAUGGAUUAUUUUAUUCAAAUUAUGCAUCUCUGGAGAGUCUCUACUUUAUAAUCCUGGUUUUAAUCCUCUUCACAGGUUUUGAAAUGUUUGUCUCUUGAAGUGGUAAAAUGUUGGGAGCCUUUGAGGAGCAGUUUGAUCAGAGAACGAAGCCUGUGGACCUUUUUUUAUUUUACUUUUAUUGCAUUUUACAUUAGAAGUGUGUAAUUCAGACAUCUCAGGGGAACCUCCAUGCUGGUUUUUUUUUACUUUAAAUUUUUACUAGUGAUGGAUUAAAAAUAAAAACUUUUAUCAUUUUGUUUUUUCACUUCAACUUCUUUUUUUUAAAGGAACAUUUAAUUUGAGUUCUCUCCAUUUCAUUGUCAUUUUUCCACUCUGUGUCUGAGAAUCGCACACUUUCUGCAGCUUGUGCCUUUUCAGGGGAGGGCAUCACUUAGUUUAUAUCAGGGCACAAUCUGACCCCCGACCCCCUACUAAUGCUCCUACAGCAUAGAUGUCAAAAAAAGCAACUAGCCUUUAACUCUGAAGAAACAUGUCCUGUUAAACUCGACAGGGGGAUUUGUUUUAUGGGAAUAUAUGCACUUUUCUUACUGAGCAAUAAUCCUGAUGACAGUGUGAGGCAGAAUGAGAUGUAGCAGCAUGGUCCAAACUGGCCUCUAGGCUUCAGGUAGGGUCGGGCGACGCAUAUUUGUAAUCCUGUGAGGUGACUUUUUUUAUUCAGUCAUUAAGGAUGAUUUACUUGGACUGUUUUUACUCCUUUAUAGAUCAACUUGAUAGCUAUUAAAUAAAUGCAUCAACCAGCCAGUCUGCAAUUUAAAUCUUGCUUAAGUAAUCUUUUAAAUAAAGAAUUUUAGCCACAAAGCGUUAAGAUGGGAAGAGAAGUCAGCAACAGCAGCUAAGCUUGCAGCCCCCAAGCCCCUGCAUGGGCAUUAUUAGUUUGUGGGUUUAAAUCACCCACUCUGUUUUGAAGGGGAAGCAUCUGAAGAGGUCAUCUGCUUUAGAAGCACCCUGUAGGAAACCUUGUGAAAAAUGAAAAAGCUUCAUCAAUUCUUGGCCAAUGUUGCUUGCUGGCAGCUCAGGUCACAGCCCCUUCUGACGUCCCGUUUCCUCCAGGCACCAAAAGCAAAAACUAACUCAAAAUGUUUGAAGCAUCUUAACAGAAAGGUUUCCAGUUGUAUAACUUGUUGAAGUUCAUAGAGUAAAAACUGAGCUCAAGUCAGCAGCAGCUCAGCUCUCGGCCAAUGAAACCCGCCAAAGAGCCUCAGAGAGAUAUUGAUUUGUAGUGUUUUGUUCAGGGAUUUGCGGGUCUAAAUCUUAGAGGUCUGUUUGUUUUGGAUCUACGCAGGCCUCUGCACUGAACAAGGCAAGCUCCAGAUUGUAAAACUGCUUAGCGGAAGCUCAGCUCCCAGCCCCCCUCUGAUAUUUGUUAAAUCAGAGAACUGGGUAGAAAGGGUGAAUGUUUUCCCUUUGUUUGUUUGUUAGUCGUAAAGCAGAGUAACAUGGACUAAAUAGAUGUUAUAAACUAUAUCCCGAAGUUCAGAAAAUGAGCCCUCUGUUUUUGUUUUUUGCUUCAUGCAUUAUUGGAGAGCUCUUCAGGCAUUGGCCUCUUAAAAAUCUUGUAAAUAUUGAUGUGUGUUUUAAAUUUUCUUUAUAUCGCCCAGCCGUAGCUAGAGGACUUUCUUAUGGAUAGUGAUGAUAGUACAGUGAAAGCGUUACCUGCUCUCUCAGGUGUAAACUGGGUUUGCUGUGACAAAUCACGCUGCUAGAGCUGCCAAAAAUGCUGUUCACACAGCAGGGACUCUGAGUUAGGGUUGAUUAUCCCUCCUCCCCUGGUAAUACCUGCUCUCAGGCCACCGACGUCACCUCUCACUCAUGAUGCUGCAGAAUUUGAAGGAUGACUGAUAGGUUGCAGAAGAUAAAAGUUCACACGUGGACAACACACUUGAGUGAUUCAGGAUGUCUCAGUUCAUAUGCAUAAGGAAAAAAUAAACAGGCAAAGUGGAUUUCUGAGUCUGAAGCCUGAAAUCUGGAAUUAAGGAAUUCAUUGAAAGAUUGAAGUCAGGACUCUAAUGAAUGUUUCAGCUGUGGCUCCACCCUCCUCCAUAGACUGGGGUACCUUAACGAUUUUGCUCUUUCAAAAGCUUCUUCAACGCUUUCCAGCAUUUUACUACGUGUCAACCAGAUCAAAACCUUUCCUGAUUUCAUUUCUGUGGUCAAACCCAAAGACAACCAGCAGCAGCAGCAGCAGCCGCCUUAGGUACAGCCUCACACCCGCAGACAGUAGCUGACAACCACUCGAAAUCAGAGGAAACUAGCAACAUAACAUAUCAGGGUGGGUGGGCCUCGCACUGUUGACCGUGUGACGUACAUAGUGAUUGGUUUACAUUUAGAAAAUCUGAAGCUGUUUUUUAUUUCUGGGCGUCUUUGUGGAUCACGAGAGACUGGAUGGUUGUUUUCAUGGGCUGGUUUUCAGUUUGUCUCUGUUGUGUGUUUCUAAUUAAUAAACUACUGAAUGAA